CCAGUUUUCUGGAGACAGCAGCUGGCUUCCCUCACCAUUUCUAUGCUGGGUCAGUACCACGGUUUCCCCCGCAACCUGGCAGUAGUGCCUCACCUUCCCAGGUGCGGAGCUUCCCCACUCUCCCCUUCCAAGUGCCACGGGCAAGAAGCCCUUUCCUGAAGGGGUUUGAGCUCUGUUGGCAAACGGCUGGAAGGAGCCGAAAGCAUCGCAAGCGCGCAGUGUUUACAAGGCGGCAAUGCAGCUUGUAAACAAGGGGCUUCUUUAGCAGCUGGGAGCAGCGAAAGCACAUUCCAGGGAGAGCAAGCCUGCUGGGAGAUCAGCUUCUUGGAGCAGCCUGGCCCGACUGGGAGACGUCUUGCUCUGCCCUGAGCAGAAACAGCAUCUUCACGAAUGCUUAAUCCUUGACCGCAUCAGAGCACGCUCCAAGCACGAAUGCAUCCUCGCGGCCCCUGGGAGGGCCACGCAGCACCCAAUGAGCUCCAGAGAGCGCUGUCAUCCUUCUGCAGCACUCCUUCUCUUUCUCUGUCUUUAGCUUCCCACCUCACUCCACUGACAGAUCCCCAGCAGCCUGGAGUUCAGGAAUCAAGGUAGGAUCACCCCACAAAAUCUACAUAUUGAUCUAUCUGGCAGGCUCCCACAGGGUAAACAAUACUUGGCUUUGAGGAGGCUGCCUGGUCACUCUGAUCUCUGCUGAUCCCAGACCCCUGAUGAGAAGAACAGCAGGUGCCUGAAUCUGUUUGGACCUGCAGGUGAAGAGCAACUGAGGCAGCAGCUGGCCAGACUUGCGCUACCUUCACAUGCAGGAACAAAUGAGCCAUUCCCAGGAAGGCUCUGGAAGGUUUUCGGCUGCGAGAAGGCAGAGCACAGAGCAUACAGAUGAGGAGCAAGGCCAGGUGGAUGGUGCUGGGAGAAGGGAGCUGAGCGUGCAGUUCAGGGACAGCGGUGAGAGUGAUGAAGAUCCUGACCCUCCCAAGGACCCGCGGCUGAACUCUCUGCCUGAGCUCUCGGUGCUGGAGCGGCUGGGUCUGCACAGAGUGGCUUUGACCGAGCAGGACGUGGAGGCAGCGUUCACGCACUUGGCACUGGCCUUCCGCUGCGACAUGUUCACCCUGCGGCGGCGGGUGCAGGUGGAGGAGCGGGCACGGGACGUGGCGGAGGAGAACAUUCAGCAGGAGCUGGAGGAAUGCCAGGCAGCGCUGCAGAGGCUGGGCCUGUCCUGCGUCGACCCUAAGUGCAAGGAGCUGGUCAGGCAGUUGCAGCUCAGCCUGACAGUGCUGGCGAGGUCCGUUGAGCGAGCGACGAGCGCGGCGGAGAAGCUAGGCGCCAUCCAUCAGGAGGCACGGAUGAGCCGGGCAGCAGAGGUGAUGGUGCAGCAUGUGGAGAACCUGAAGAGGUAUCACUUGCGGGAGCACGCGGAGCUGGAGGAAAUGAAGCGGCUGAUCCAGCAGAACUCCCGCAACCGGCAACUGGCUGAGAACAGGGAUGACGGAGAGCAGAGAGUGAAACUGCCCCUGAUGCGAACGUUCCAGCAGGCGUCGGCACGUCGGAGAGUCAGCAUCGCCGUCAUUCCCAAACAGAUCACGCUGCUUCCCUGCCCCGAAAGUGGGCAAGCGCCUGAGGGGGAGGCGGCCAAGGUGGCAUGGGAGAGCAGCCCUAGCACAGAGAGGCGAACCUGCUGCCUCCAGGAGGACUCCACUGAUGGAUACUUCAUCCUGCACUCAGACUCCUCCAGCUCCUUGCACCAAAGCCAGCCGGAGGCAGACAGAAUCGAGUGUGAGGGGGACAGAGGCCGCUACGCAGAAGGGAGCGAGCCGGAGCUGCGGAGAAGGGGAAGCACCGGCAAGCCUAUGAAGGAGGAACCUGACGGGGCAUCGGACAGCAGCGGGCUGACGGAGGAGCUGGAGCAGCUUAGUCGGACGUCCACGGCAUGUGGGAAAGAGACCCCCUGGCCUUGGGUCUUUCUGCCCCAGCAGUAUUGGCUUUUCCUAUGGCUGCUUUUCCUGGGGCUCUCAUGUCUGGUUCUGAUGCGGAUUCUGGAGCUGCAGAAACAGCAGCCAGCACCAACCCCCAACUCCUAGCAUGAGAGAGGAAGAAGACUCGGCCUGAGAGAGACAGCAUGCCAACAUGGGCUUACUUUUAAAAAUAAAAUAAUAAAAAUAAGGGGGAAAAGAGGUUUAGAUUUUUGGGGAAACACAAACCUCCCUCCUACAAGCUGCAGGGUGGCUCCAGGAGGCUUAUUGAUGUGAAAGGGGCCCUUGCCCCAACUUGGACCCACGAGAGCUGGGCUCAGCAGUACCAGAUUGUCCCUUAUCAGCCGAAUCAUAGAAGGUCAGGGUUGGAAGAGACCUCAGGAGGUCAUCUAGUCCAACCCCCUGCUCAAAGCAGGACCAACACCAACUAAAUCAUCCCAGCUAAGGCUUUGCCAGGCUGGGUCUGGUGCAAGGGUCCCUUGUAUGAUGGGCUAAGAGGGUGGGUGAUAGUGGAAGGGUGGGAGGCUGUAGAUACCUCCACCAGCUCCUGUCCUUCUCUUCUCCCCCUGCCCCUGACCUGACCUGGCUUGGCUUGCCCUGAAGGGCCUCAGCCCCUUUCUCUCCCUUCUUGACUAGACACAGCCUCCUCUCCAUAAGCAGCUGCUGCUUCCUGCUUUAAUCCCCCCCUGAGGAAAGGGCCAGGGGACCAAGCGCCACUUUUGUCUACACACUCUGCGUGAGUGUGUAGACUCACUUCCUCCCUGUGGGGGGGAAGGGGGAAAGGGAAAAGAGAGACAGACCCCCCUCCCCCAAUCAGAUACAAGGGAGAUGCUUUAACAUAUGGACUCCUUGGAAUGAACCAUGGUGCUACCUUUAGUUCUCUGUGGAUCUAUUGUCUGGUUGCCAUUACGAUCCUCAAUCC